AUGUCGCUUGCUGCGGAAUGCGGAAACACUACAAGCAACACAGUAGAAGCUUCCUUGGACAUGACCAAGGUCCUUAAUAUUUUGAAUGAACCGAGGUCUGGCAGCCACGUUGCACGAGAAAAUGUUAAAUUCUUGUACGAAAUGUUUUCACAAUUUUGUACUGCCCUGGCUGCACACUUUUCUGGGUUCGGAACUGAUGCCCUUAACUAUCGAUAUAUCGAUAAGUACCGAAAAGAUAUCGAAAAGUACCGAAAAGAUAUCGAAAAGUACCGGAAAGAUAUCGAAAAGUACCGAAAAGAUAUCGAAAAGUACCGAAAAGAUUUCGAAAAGUACCGAAAAGAUUUCGAAAAGUACCGAAAAGAUAUCGAAAAAUAUCGAAAAGUACCGAAAAGAUAUCGAAAAGUACCGAAAAGAUUUCGAAAAGUACCGAAAAGAUAUCGAAAAGUACCGAAAAGAUAUCGAAAAGUACCGAAAAGAUAUCGAAAAGUACCGAAAAGAUAUCGACAAGUACCGAAAAGAUAUCGACAAGUACCGAAAAGAUAUCGACAAGUACCGAAAAGAUAUGUAAAAGUAUCGAAAAGAUAUCGAAAAGUAUCGAAAACAUAUCGAAAAGUAUCGAAAAGAUAUCGAAAAGUAUCGAAAAGAUAUCGAAAAGUAUCGAAAAGAUAUCGAAAAGUAUCGAAAAGAUAUCGAAAAGUAUCUAUAUAUAUCGAAAAGUAUCGAUAUAUAUCGAAAAGUAUCGAUAUAUAUCGAAAAGUAUCGAUAUAUAAUGAAAAGUAUCGAUAUAUAAUGAAAAUAUCGAUAUAUAAUGAAAAGUAUCGAAAAGAUAUCGAAAAGUAUCGAAAAGAUAUCGAAAAGUAUCGAAAAGAUAUCGAAAAGUAUCGAUAUAUAUCGAAUAGUAUCGAUAUAUAUCGAAAAAAUCGAUAUAUCGAUAAAUAUCGAUAUAUCGAAAAGUACCGAAAAGAUAUCGAUAAGUACCGAAAAGAUAUCGAUAAGUACCGAAAAGAUAUCGAUAAGUACCGAAAAGAUAUCGAAAAGUACCGAAAAGAUAUCGAAAAGUACCGAGAAGAUAUCGAAAAGUACCGAAAAGAUAUCGAAAAGUAUCGAAAAGAUAUCGAAAAAUAUCGAAAAGUACCGAAAAGAUAUCGAAAAGUAUCGAAAAGAUAUCGAAAAGUAGCGAAAAGAUAUCGAAAAGUAUCGAAAAGAUAUCGAAAAGUAUCGAAAAGAUAUCGAAAAGUAUCGAAAAGAUAUCGAAAAGUGUCUAUAUAUAAUGAAAAGUAUCUAUAUAUAAUAAAAAUAUCGAUAUAUAAUGAAAAGUAUCGAAAAGAUAUCGAUAAGUAUCGAAAAGAUAUCGAUAAGUAUCGAAAAGAUCUCGAAAAGUAUCGAAAAGAUCGAAAAGUAUCAAAAAGAUAUCGCAAAUAUCGAAAAGAUAUCGAAAAGUAUCGAAAAGAUAUCGAAAACUAUCGAAAAGAUAUCAAAAAGUAUCGAAAAGAUAUCGAAAAGUAUCGAAAAGAUAUCGAAAAGUAUCGGAUAGAUAUCGAAAAGUAUCGAUAUAUCGAAAAAAUCGAUAUAUCGUACCGAAAAGAUAUCGAAAAGUACCGAAAAGAUAUCGAAAAGUACCGAAAAGAUACCGAAAAGUAUCGAAAAGAUAUCGAAAAGUAUCGAAAAGAUAUCGAAAAGUAUCGAAAAGAUAUCGAAAAGUAUCGAAAAGAUAUCGAAAAGUAUCGAAAAGAUAUCGAAAAGUAUCUAUAUAUAAUGAAAAUAUCGAUAUAUAAUGAAAAGUAUCGAAAAGAUAUCGAUAAGUAUCGAAAAGAUAUCGAUAAGUAUCGAAAAGAUAUCGAUAAGUAUCGAAAAGAUAUCGAUAAGUAUCGAAAAGAUAUAGAUAAGUAUCGAAAAGGUAUCGAUAAGUAUCGAAAAGAUAUCGAAAAGUUUCGAAAAGAUAUCGAAAAGUAUCUAUAUAUAUCGAAAAGUAUCUAUAUAUAUCGAAAAUAUCGAAUUAUCGAUAAGUAUCGAUAUAUCGAUACUUAUCGAUAUAUCGAAAAGUACCGAAAAGAUAUCGAAAAGUACCGAAAAGAUAUCGAAAAGUACCGAAAAGAUAUCGAAAAGUACCGAAAAGAUAUCGAAAAGUACCGAAAAGAUAUCGAAAAGUACCGAAAAGAUAUCGAAAAGUACCGAAAAGAUAUCGAAAAGUACCGAAAAGAUAUCGAAAAGUACCGAAAAGAUAUCGAAAAGUAUCGAAAAGAUAUCGAAAAGUAUCGUAAAGAUAUCGAAAAGUAUCUAUCGAUAUAUAAUGAAAAGAAUCGAAAAGAUAUAGAAAAGUAUCGAAAAGAUAUCGAAAAGUAUCGAAAAGAUAUCGAAAAGUAUCAUAAAGAUAUCGAAAAGUAUCGAAGAGAUAUCGAAAAGUAUCGUAAAGAUCGAAGAAAAGAUAUCGAAAAAUAUCGAAAAGUUCCGAAAAGAUAUCCAAAAGUACCGAAAAGAUAUCCAAAAGUACCGAAAAGAUAUCGAAAAGUACCGAAAAGAUAUCGAAAAGUACCGAAAAGAUAUCGAAAAGUACCGAAAAGAUAUCGAAAAGUAUCGAAAAGAUAUCAAAAGUAUCGAAAAGAUAUCGAAAAGUAUCGAAAAGAUAUCGAAAAGUAUCUAUAUAUAAUGAAAAAUAUCGAUAAGUAUCGAAAAGACAUAGAUAAGUAUCGAAAAGAUAUCGAUAAGUAUCGAAAAGAUAUCGAAAAGUAUCGAAAAGACAUCGAAAAGUAUCGAAAAGAUACCGAAAAGAUAUCGAAAAGUAUCGAAAAGAUAUCGAAAAGUAUCUAUAUAUAUCGAAAAUACCGAAAAGAUAUCGAAAAGUACCGAAAAGAUAUCGAAAAGUACCGAAAAGAUAUCGACAAGUACCGAAAAGAUAUCGACAAGUACCGAAAAGAUAUCGACAAGUACCGAAAAGAUAUCGACAAGUACCGAAAAGAUAUCGAAAAGUAUCGAAAAGAUAUCGAAAAGUAUCGAAAAGACAUCGAAAAGUAUCGUAAAGAUAUCGAAAAUAUCGAAAAGAUAUCGAAAAGUAUCGAAAAGAUAUCGAAAAGUAUCGAAAAGAUAUCGAAAAGUAUCGAAAAGAUCGAAAAGUAUCGAAAAGAUAUCGAAAAGUAUCGAUAUAUCGAAAAGUAUCGAUAUAUCGAAAAGUAUCGUUAUAUCGAUAAGUAUCGAAAAGUACCGAAAAGAUAUCGAAAAGUACCGGAAAGAUAUCGAAAAGUACCGAAAAGAUAUCGAAAAGUACCGAAAAGAUAUCGAAAAGUACCGAAAAGAUAUCGAAAAGUAUCGAAAAGAUAUCGAAAAGUAUCGAAAAGAUAUCGAAAAUAUCGAUAUAUCGAAAAGUACCGAUAUAUCGAAAAGUACCGAAAGGAUAUCGAAAAGUAUCGAAAAGAUAUCGAAAAGUACCGAAAAGAUAUCGAAAAGUACCGAAAAGAUAUCCAAAAGUACCGAAAAGAUAUCGAAAAGUACCGAAAAGAUAUCGAAAAGUACCGAAAAGAUAUCGAAAAGUACCGAAAAGUUUUCGAAAAGUAUCGAAAAGAUAUCGAUAAGUAUCGAAAAGAUGUCUAUAAGUAUUUAUAUAUAAUGAAAAUAUCGAUAUAUAAUGAAAAGUAUCGAAAAAAUAUCGAUAAGUAUCGAAAAGAUAUCGAUAAGUAUCGAAAAGAUAUCGAUAAGUAUCGAAAUUUUAUAGAUAAGUAUCGAAAAGAUAUCGAAAAGUAUCGAAAAGAUAUCGUAAAGUAUCGAAAAGACAUCGAAAAGUAUCGAAAAGAUAUCGAAAGGUAUCGAAAAGUAUCGAAAAGAUAUCGAAAAGUAUCGAAAAGAUAUCGAAAAUACCGAAAAGAUAUCGAAAAGUACCGAAAAGAUAUGGAAAAGUACCGAAAAGAUAUCGAAAAGUACCGAGAAGAUAUCGAAAAGUACCGAAAAGGUAUCGAAAAGUAUCGAAAAGAUAUCGAAAAGUAUCGAAAAGAUAUCGAAUAG